AUGCCUGGCCCUCCACCGCCACCACCUCCUCCACCAAUCGCCGGUUUCGGAUCCGGUCCUCCUCCACCACCUCCUCCUCCAGCUGGCUUCGGAUCUUUGGCCGGAUCUUCAAAUACCCCAGCAAGACCUCCAACUGGUGCACUCCCAAACACUGACGCUUUACUGGCAGAUAUUCGUGGAGGCAAAAGACUACGUCAUGCUGUCACUAAUGACCGCUCAGCCCCAAUGAUUGAAGGCCGUGCUCCCGGGUCUGGCCCUAAAAUCGGAACCGGCUCUGGUGGUUCUGCUGCUGCUCCAAAGUUUGGAGGUGCUCCUCCUGUCCCAUCCUUUGGAAGUGCUCCUCCUGUCCCGUCAUUUGGAGGUGCUCCACAAGUACCUUCAUCUUUUGGGGCUGCUCCUACAGCUCCAACUCAAACUGCUGCUCCUACAGCUCCAGCACCUGCUAUUCCAGACAUGUCGGGUCUCUUUGCUGGAGGAAUGCCCAAACUUAAGCAUCGCGCAGGAGGUGUCAAGAUGAAUGACGGCGAUUCUAAUAGCAGCAGCAGCAGUAACAGUAACAGUAGUAGUAACAGUAACAACAAUUUCCUUGGUUCAAACUCGCGUGCCCCAUCAAUUCCGGCUCCUCCUGCACCUUCAACUCCAUCAUCGUCAUCAUCGUCUUCAGACUCGGCACCUCCAUGGGCCUCCAAACUGCAUCAUCACCAUAAUAACAACAACAAUACAACAUCCAGCUCGGCUUCCUCUGCAAGUCAUGUCCCGGCUCCACCAUUUGGAGCUGCUCCUCCUCCACCACCAGCACCACCACCAGCAGUUCCAACAUUCUCUGCUCCAUCUGUCCCCAAGUUCUCAUCGGCACCUCCAAUCCCUUCGUUUUCUGCUCCACCCGUCCCUACUGCUGUAGCACCUCCAAUCCCAACAUCAACGCCCUCGCCAGCCCCCUCGGUGUCUUCCAAAAGACCCUCGGGCAAAGCGCCACCACCUAAACCUGCUGCUAAACCAUUGGGACUUUCUGCAGCUGGCAAAAAACCUGCACCUGCAAUCCCUUCACGCCCGAAACGUAACACAAACAAUGAAUUGCGCUCGGUGUCUGGAGCUUCUGUUAAACAACCACCACCAGUCCCUCCGUCUCUUUCAUCUUCAUCAUCCACGGCUUCUCUGGCUUCAAAGUUUGGCGGAGGAGGCGGCGGUGGUGGUAGCUCCUCUUCAGUAUCCAAUGGCACAGAAAAUAACCAUCUCCACCCUCACCAUCUCCACCGACCACCAAUUCCAGGGUCCUUGAAUGUACCGUCAACACCUGAGACGGGUCGUUCCAGAAGCAGUUCAUCCGCAAGCAUUACCGGCGGAACAUCUGCAUUUGCAUCAGCCCAGGCUGCCCUUGCAGCUUCUCUCAAUUCUUCCUUUUCUCAUUCCCCAGCGUCCCCCUCGUCUCCAGUCUCUGCUCCUCCUGCACCGCCACCACCACCACCUGCUGCUGCUCCAGCUGCUCCGGCUCCACCAGCACCUCCAGUUCCAUCGUUUUCCAGUACUCCGUCAGCUCCUCCACCUCCACCACCUCUCCCACAAACUUUUGCAGCUCCGUCUAUCCCUGUGGCACCUCCUCCACCACCACCAGCUGCCACUUCAACCGCUGCUCCUGCUGUGCCUUCGUUUGCUGCUCCGCCGGUCCCCUCGUUUUCUGCGCCACCGCCACCGGCUGCAUCUGCGCCUCCUCCACCACCACCACCACCAUCAGCAUCAGCAUCAACAUCAACAUCAUCAUACUCGGCUGAGUCUUCCUCAUCGUUGCCGUCACAUCACCAGGAAGGAUUUAACCAUGUGACGUCGAUGUUAUUGGAAUCUAACGCGCCUAGCCAUGUCCCAUCUUCGUCAGCUAUUCCGAACAGACGUGGAACAUCCAACAGUUUGUCAGGAGGAGGUUCAGGAGGUUCAGGAGGUUCAAAUACAGGGACAUCAUUAAGGAAAAUUGAUGUGUCAGCAUAUACAAUUGGAGGAACAAAUUCAACGUCUAAUGGACAUGGCAAAACUUCUGGAGGGGCCAUGAAACUCACUGUGGACGACUCUAGGUUCCGGUUUGCUGGGAUUGGCGGGAUUCCCAAACCAAGAAGAUUUGAAGGUCGCACCAAACUGUAUCCUAGUGGACGUGGAUCUUCAGUGCCAUUAAAUCUGGCUGUAUAUGAUUAA